UGUUUUGUGUGAAAAUACUAACUCCGAGAUGUGCUUAACAAUUGAAAAUAAGGAGAUAUGUCCAGAAACGAUUUCACAGGACAUAGAUGACGCGGACGCCUGUGUUGUCAUGUUUGCUGUGUCCGACAAAGCAUCGUUCCAGUUUGCCAAACUUUGUGUGCAAAAUAUUCGUCGAAGUCAUCGAGAAGAUGUGCCUAUAUUUCUUGUAGCAAACAAAUCUGACUUAAUUCGAUACCGGAAGGUGUCUACGAAUGAUGCCAUUAAAGUUGCCGACAUUCACAAGUGCCUGUUCUUUGAAACAUCGUUAACCAUGAAUCACAACACAGAAGAACUAUGUAAAGAAGUCCUUGUGCAAAUUGAAGAAACUUCAGUUCGAACAAAUAUGAAAUGUUUCCAGAGAGUGAUCGACAUUUUUCAAUCCAGAAUGAAACGUGUCUUUUGCAGAUAGCAAUGUUCUUGUCAACACAACCAAUAACCUUGCGUUUAUUUUUAUACC